AUGAGAUUGGAGGCUGGUCACAGGAUUUCAGUGUCUGUCUCUCCUCAUCACAGGCCGGACGAGCGCCGGUUCGCUGUCUUCUCCCUCACGGUCUCCUCCGAUGGGCGGGAGGUGCUCGGCGGGGCUAACGACGGGUGCGUCUACGUAUUCGACCGGGAGCAGAAUAAACGGACCCUCAAGAUCGAGUCCCAUGAGGACGACGUGAACGCUGUAGCUUUCGCCGACGACAGCUCCCACAUCCUCUUCUCUGGGGGCGAUGACGCCAUCUGCAAGGUGUGGGACCGGCGCACCAUGCGGGAGGACGACCCCAAACCGGUGGGGGUGCUGGCCGGCCACCAGGACGGCAUCACCUUCAUCGACAGCAAGGGAGACGCCCGCUAUUUGAUUUCCAACUCGAAGGACCAGACCAUCAAGCUGUGGGACAUCCGGCGGCUCUCCGGGCGCGAGGGACUGGAGGCGUCGCGCCAGGCCGUCACCCAGCAGAACUGGGACUACCGCUGGCAGCAGGUGCCCAAGAAAGCCUGGCGCAAGACCAAGCUGCCGGGUGACAGCUCCCUGAUGACAUACCGGGGCCACGGGGUGCUGCACACGCUGAUCCGCUGCCGCUUCUCGCCCCCGCACAGCACCGGCCAGCAGUACAUCUACAGCGGCUGCUCCACCGGCAAGGUGGUGGUGUAUGACCUCCUGAGUGGGCAGAUCAUCAAGAAACUGACCAGUCACAAGGCCUGUGUGCGUGAUGUCAGCUGGCACCCCUACCAGGAGAAGAUCGUCAGCAGUUCGUGGGACGGCUGUCUGCGCCUGUGGGAAUACCGCCAGGCUGAAUACUAUGAAGACGAUCUCAGGGACCCUGCAAACCUCCCUUCGGCUGGGGAGCCCCCCGCGAGCUCCCCUGGCUGCUCUGAUCAGUAG